AACGAACCGGCGGGGGCGAAUCCUUCGCCCCGAAGCCUCCCACUACCAAUUGGUCCCAUCCCUCCUCCUCCCGCUUCCCCCCCAUAAGAUCAUUUAUCUCUCGUCAUUGUUCGAGCCCAACACACGCGCGCGCGACUCGUAGGAAUUCGGUUCGGAUUCGUGCGUGCACCGAAGGAGGCGGAGGCGGAGGCGGCCCAAGCGUCGGCGCCACCUCACUCUCCCACCCCCAUCCCGCCGCCUCCCCCGAUUCCUCCCCCAAACCCCUCCUCCUCCUCCGCCGCCGCCGCCGUCGCCAUGGGUGGCCCCCUCACCGCCGCCGGAGGUCGAGGAGAUGGGGGCGCCAAGGCGGUGGAACCGCUCCGGCCUCCGCCGCCGCCCGACCCGAAGACAAUGGCCAGAUGGUACCAGCUGGAGGCGCUGGAGCGGGCGGUGCGGGGGAACACCCUGGCGUUCCUGGAGACCGGGAGCGGGAAGACGCUCAUCGCGGUGAUGCUGCUCCGGGCGUACGCGCACCGCGUGCGGAGGCCGGACUCGCGCCGCUUCGCCGUCUUCCUCGUCCCCACCGUCGUCCUCGUGGGCCAGCAGGCGCGCGUCGUCGAGCAGCACACCGACCUCGUCGUCAAGCAGUUCUGCGGCGAGAUGGGGGUCGACUUCUGGGACGCCGCCACCUGGCGAUCCCAACUGGAGGACGGCGAGGUGCUCGUCAUGACGCCGCAGAUCCUGCUCGACAACCUCCGCCACAGCUUCUUCCGCCUCCAGGACAUCGCGCUGCUCAUCUUCGACGAGUGUCACCACGCCAGGGGCAAUACGCCGUACGCCUGCAUUUUCAAGGAAUUUUAUCACCCCCAGUUGAAUUCUAGUGCGUCAGACCCUCUGCCAAGGAUAUUUGGGAUGUCUGCUUCGCUCAUUUAUUCAAAAGAUUUGAAUCCGCACAAUUAUUCAAAGCAAAUUUCUGAGAUUGAGAAUCUCAUGAAUUCCAAGGUGUACACUGUUGAUAGUGAAUCAGCUUUGUCGGAGUACAUACCAUUUGCUUCUACAAAAAUAGUGGACUUUGACGAUUCCAACAUUUCAUCUGAGCUGCAUGCCAAUAUUCUCAGUUGUUUGAAUAGAUUGAAUAAAAAGCAUAUAGAAGCUCUGGACAGAAAACUACAUGGUUCAUCUCUGGAAAACGCUAAGCAAAGGAUAUCAAAAUUGCAUCAUACAUUUGUAUAUUGUUUAUAUAAUCUAGGAGUAUGGCUGGCAGCAAAGGCUGCUGAGGUACAAUCAUACGAGGAAAACAGCCUAUCCUUCUGGGGUGAAACAUUGGAUAAAAAUGUUGAGGGCUUCAUUAGAAACUACAGCGAAGAAGUACAUAGAGAACUUUCAUGUUUCUUGAAGAAUGGUCAUAUUGGUGAAAAAUUUCCAGCUGAUUCUCAAGAUGGGAUAUUGACACCCAAAGUUCAUUGCCUUAUUCGAACUCUUCUGCAGUACAGGCAUAUGCAAGACUUAAGAUGCAUUGUGUUUGUUGAGAGAGUUAUCACAAGCAUAGUAUUAGAGCACCUACUUUCAUCUAUUCAUCAAAUGUCUGGGUGGAAUGUUAAGCACAUGGCAGGAAGCCGUCCUGGUUUGCUAUCUCAGAGCAGGAAAAAUCAUACAGAAAUUGUUGAAUCUUUUCGAAAAGGAAAGGUACAUAUAAUUAUUGCCACACAAAUUUUGGAGGAGGGUUUAGAUGUGCCAAGUUGUAACUUGGUAAUUCGCUUUGAUCCAUCAGCAACAGUAUGCAGCUUUAUACAGUCCCGUGGUCGAGCUAGGAUGGAAAACUCUGACUAUCUUUUACUUGUCGGAAGGGGGGAUGUGGAAGCUCAAACUAAUGCAGAGAAGUUUCUCGCAAGUGGGCAAAUAAUGCGGGAGGAAUCUCUGAGAUUGGGAUCAAUUUCUUGUCAACCACUUGAGAACACCUUGUGCGAGGAUACCUAUUACCGUGUCGAGUCAACUAGAGCAAUUGUGACACUAAACUCCAGCGUUCCAUUAAUUCAUUUUUUCUGCUCAAAGCUUCCAUCGGAUGAAUAUUUUAAUCCUCUACCAAGAUUCGAUAUAGACAAGGCAUCUGGCACAUGCACUCUGCAUCUUCCUAAGAGCAGUCCUGUGCAGACAGUUAAUGUAGAAGGAGAAGGUUCUAUUCUCAAGGAGACAGUUUGUCUUAAGGCCUGCCAAGAACUACAUGCCAUUGGUGCACUCACAGAUUCUCUUUUACCAGAAUUAGAUGUUCCAUGUGAUGAAGAACCUGACAUCGUUGUUGAGAACAAAAUUGAGCAGCCUUCUUACUUUCCAGAAGAAUUUGUGGAUAAUUGGCGCUCCUUUUCUCGUCUUGGCAUAUAUUAUUGCUAUAAGAUCUCAUUGGAAGGAUGUCCCAAAACAGCUUCUCCAACUGACAUACUGUUAGCUUUGAAGUGUGAUUUGGGAUCUGACUUUACUUCUAGCUCAUUUAAAUUGCCAGGUGGGCAAGACAAUGCUAGUGUUACCAUGAAAUAUGUUGGCAUCAUCCAUCUCAAUCAAGAACAGGUAAUUAUUGCUAGAAGAUUUCAGACAACUAUUCUUUCGUUUCUUAUUGGUGAUGACCAUUUGGAGGUUAGCAAUGGUAUUAAAUACUUCCAUGAGAUGCAAGUGCCUAUUGGAGUAGUCUAUCUACUUCUGCCUUUAGUUUCUGGCAGAAUUGAUUGGUGCAGUAUGAAGUUCUCAUCCUCACCAAUAUAUGAAGCUAACAACAAACAUAUGACACAUUGCCAUUCUUGUAAAGAUAUUGAUUUACUGCAGACAAAAGAUGGUCCUUUCUGCAGGUGCAUCCUUAAAAAUUCCAUUGUGUGUACCCCUCAUAAUAACAUCUUUUAUGUUAUUAGUGGGUUUCUUGACUUAGAUGCAAAUUCCUGUUUGCCUCAACAUGAUGGGACUGUUGUUACCUACAAAGAUUAUUUUAAGACUAGGCAUGGUCUUACUUUGACUUUUGAAAAUCAGCCGCUCUUGGCUGGCAGUAAACAUGUGAAAGUGCGGAACUUCCUCCACAACUGCUACUCUAAAAAAGAAAAAGAACCUGGUGAUAGAUAUAGUGUUGAGUUGCCACCUGAACUCUGCAGAAUUAUCAUGUCACCAGUGUCCGCCAAUAAUUUGCACAUCUUCUCAUAUGUUCCUUCCAUAAUGUUCCGCAUCCAGUGCAUGCUUCUUUCUGUGAAAUUAAAGGUCCAAUUAGGCCCAACAGUGCAGCAGUUUGACGUACCGGUUUUGAAGAUCCUGGAAGCAUUAACAACAAAGAAAUGCCAAGAAGAAUUUUCACAGGAAUCAUUAGAAACACUUGGGGAUUCUUUCCUCAAAUAUGUUACAACUCGGCACCUUUUUAGUGAAUACAGGCUUCAACAUGAAGGCAUAUUAACAAAAAUGAAGAAAAACUUGAUCUCCAAUGCAGCUCUGUGCCAGCUGGCCUGCAGCAGUAAUCUUGUGGGUUACAUUCAUGCUGAGGAGUUUAAUCCAAGAGAUUGGAUCAUCCCUUGCUUGGACUAUGAUGAGCGUGAUAACAAAAAAAUUUCCUUUCUGGCACCCAAUGGUAUGUACAGCCAAAGGAAAAUGUCUAUUAAAAGUAAGAGGAUUGCGGAUUCAGUUGAGGCCUUAAUUGGGGCUUACCUCAGUACUGCUGGGGAAAAGGCAGCAUUUCUUUUGAUGAAAUCAUUAGGGAUGAAUAUAGAAUUUCACACUGAAAUUCCAGUUGAAAGGAAAAUUUCAAUGAAAGCUGAAGAGUUCAUUAAUGUGAGGAGCUUAGAGGGAAUGCUUGGUUACAAGUUCAAUGAUUCUUUAUUAUUGCUCGAAGCAUUGACACAUGGCUCAUAUCAGACUUCUGGCCCUACUUCAUGCUAUCAGAGGCUCGAGUUUCUUGGAGAUGCUAUUUUGGAUCAUCUUUUCACUGAAUAUUACUACAGCAAAUACCCUGACUGUACUCCAGAAUUGUUGACAGAUCUUAGAUCUGCCUCUGUGAACAACAAUUGUUACGCGCAUGCAGCUGUUAAAUCAGGAUUAAACAAGCAUAUCCUUCACUCAUCAUCAGAACUGCAUAGGAAGAUGAGCUACUACCUUGAGGAAUUUGGGCAGUCAUUUACAGGUCCAUCUUAUGGCUGGGAAGCGGGCAUUGGUCUACCAAAGGUUCUCGGGGAUGUGAUUGAAUCAAUAGCUGGUGCCAUUUAUCUCGACAGCAAGUGUGACAAGGAGGUUGUUUGGAGAAGCAUGAAGCGGCUAUUGGAACCUCUUGCCACCCCCGAAACCAUCGAGCCUGACCCGGUGAAAGGGCUGCAAGAAUUUUGUGAUCGUAGAUCAUUCAAAAUAACCUACGAAAAAAACCAUGUUGAUGGAGUCUCAUCGGUCAUUGCUCGGGUGAAGGCUGGAGAGACUACAUACUCCGCAACAAAAUCAGGUCCCUGCAAGUUGGUGGCGAAAAAGUUGGCAUCAAAGGCUGUGCUUAAAGAUCUGAUUGCUGGUCACAAAGAUACAGAGGCUGCUGCAGUAUAGUGAUACUUAACUAUUUAAGCGUGCAACAGUAGCUAACAAUUGAUAUAGAUAGUUGCGCACAAUAGAAAAGUUUUGGUUGGAUUCAUACAUGUAAUUUGGAAAUGCUCCUUUUUGUGUGCUCGCAAACGAUGCGUGUGAACGGCCUCAUGAAUUCUGGUAGGUUUUCAUGCUUCAAACUUACAAGUAUCGCAAUUUUGUAAAUUACAAAUACGGGCAUAGCACACCUGCCCAUGCCAUGCAGUAGUUUUUUUUUUCCUCGAAAUAGUAGCAUUAGUUGUAUAUUACUCAUAGCAUCAGAUUGUACAGAAAGCAUGCCAGCAAAAACGAAAAAAUGUACAGACAGCAUUUUGUUCGCAUCAAGGGAAAACUUGUUUUAAGAU